CGGAGCCAGGAGGCGGGGGCGGGGCUCCGCCGGGACCGCGGUGUUUUUCCCGCCGAUUCCCGGCUCCAGGUGUGUGUUUGCGGGUCAGUUGCGGCUGCAGCUCCCGCCCCCCCAGCGCAGCCGCCAUGCUGCCUGCAGCCUGCUCCCACAGGCUGGUGGCUGAGCUCCAAGGAGCCCUGGCAGCCUGUCAGAAGAAGGAGAAGGAGUUGGAACAAUCAAUUGCCCGCUGCCGAGUGUUGCUUCAACCCUGGGAAGUGCCCUCUCCCCUAAGCCCUGAGCCAGCCCGGAGCACGAAGACUAAACCUGUUUUCACAGCAUGUGAACCACCUCCCAAGGACCUCAAGGAAUUGGAGCUAUUGACCCAGGCCCUGGAUAAAGCCCUUCGGGUCCGGAAAGGUGUUUCCCGUGUCCAGUCAGAGGAGAGCGAAAAAGCUGCUCCUCCUCUGGUCACUGCACAAGCAGGCCCUGGGGCCAGGCCCAGAACUUCAAAUCCAAAAGCCUGUGUUCCAGCCAAGCCUCCAGCUACCUCUCACAAGUCCAGCAGUCGGGUGAAAAAGCCUGCCACAGCCUCCUCCCAUAGGGGUAGGGCCCCAGGAAAUGCUCUCACACGUGCCAAGCCCCCAGAUAACUUAGCACCCAUCAGGGGGCCAGCUCAGCUCUGCCCUCUGCCUUCCCAGGGCCAGGUCCCAGGGCUCCCAAUCUCCACCCCCGUUUCAGUCUUAAAAGAAGCAGGUGCUACUGGGCCCAGCCCUGGACCAGAACAAGGAAAGACCCAACCAGGCCUCAAGCCUGAGGCCUUCACACUCAAGGAGAAGGGGACACAGCUGCAGCUGCCUCCGUUGUAUAAGAAAAUUGCUUCCAGGAAUUCCAGGCUGUGGGCCCAGGUCCAGCACUCCCAGUCCAGUGCUAAUAUUGAUGUGGCUGCUGCCAAAGCCCAUUUCCUGGAGAGAAUGAAGGCAACAUUUGACUUGCCUGGUCCAGCAAUCAGUCCUGCUGAGAUCCGGGAGGAGGUGAAGCGCCUGAACCAGGCUUGCCACUUACUGACCCAGCAUCUGGAAGAGACGCUGGACACACGUGGGGAGGCCUCUACAGCCUCUCUCAGCUGGGAGCAGGAGUACCACCGUCUGGUCAGCCUGGAGGCACUGCAAGCUGCUGUGGACCAGCAUUUGCUUAGACUACAAGAGCUUCGAGAAGCGGAAGAACACUGGUUGGGGGCUAGGCCUGUAGAGACCUCUACUUGGAACUCAACCCUAUGCUUAGGAGGAAAGGGGACCAGCAAGACCAGUAAUCAUCUUGUCUACUCCAGUGUCCAAGAGCUGCAGACCAUGACAGCCCUCAAGCUCCGAGUGGCAAUGUUGAAGCAGCAGAUCCACCUAGAAAAGGUUCUGAUGGAAGAACUUCUCCCCCUGGUGAAGUCUGAGAGCCCUGCUGGCCCAGCUCAGUUGGCACUGUACCGUGCUAUCCAUAGCCAACUCUGUGAAGCUGGGGAGCGCUUCUCCAUACUGGUGAGAGAUGAACCAUCUGUCUGAGCCUAGCAUGGGCCCCAUCAUCCAUCACUCGAAGUUGGGCCCUCCCUCCUUUGAACUUAUGUUCCUGUUGCCCCUUGUCAUUUACAAGCCAGUGACCUUUCCUUUCUGUUGCUUAGGAAGUCUGGAAAACCAUAUGGGAACAUUAAGCAUCAUAGCUGAUCUCUACCCUUCUCCACCACCAAUUCCUUGUCCAUCUGUCUUUCUGCCUAGUCCAGGGCUGAAGUACUGAGCCUAGGCCAAGGACAGGAAGGGGUUCCUUGUUCAUACAGGGGUGUGGCCCCUUGCAGAGAGGAUGUGGAGGGACUGAAGGCUGUAUGAAGUCAUAGGACUUCUAAUCAAAGCCAGAAGAGAGAGGCAGUAGGCUAGAAAUGGAUAUAGUACCACUAGGGGCCUUAGCAGUAGAAAAAAAAGACUGAAGGGCUCUUUCAGGAGUGUUCCGCUUCACGAGUGACCAGCACAGCACCAGACAUUGGUUCAGUGGCAAGAGAGGGAUCAUGAAAUUUACUGAAAGGCACCAACAGUCAUCCUUCAGUCUAGAACAAUUGAGAGAGCCUCCCAAGAGGAGGUGGACUAAGGACUCAAAGAAUAGAUGGGAGUUGGUCAGGGUGAGA